AUGCUACCUCUUCUAUUCUUGGCUUUGAUGUUGGGCUAUACUUCCGCUGCCAGCCGUAUAAUUGGCGGACAAUUUGCCACAGCAGGGCAAUUCCCCUACCAAGUAUCUCUACAACUAAAAGGACGUCAUCAUUGUGGUGGUUCCAUAAUAUCGGAAACUUUUAUUGUCACCGCAGCCCAUUGUACAAUUGGACAAAAUCCAGCGGCGAUGAAGGUCGUCGUCGGCACCAAUGAUCUCUUGGCCGGCAAUGGUCGAUCUGUAAAUGUUGCCCAAUUCAUCAUCCAUCCCCGUUACAAUUCUCAGAGUCAAGAUUUUGAUAUGUCUUUGAUUAAAUUGGCCGAGCCGUUGCAAUUGGGUACGGCGACAGUGGAUAAAAUCGAAAUGGCUGCUGCGGAUUCGAAUUUUGCCGCCGACACUUUGGCAACGAUUAGUGGUUUUGGAGCCAUCAAUGGCAACUUACAAUUGCCGAAUAAACUGAAAUUUGCCCGUGUUCAGUUGUGGAGUCGUGAUUUCUGCAAUCCUCAAAAUAUACCCGGCAUAACGGAUCGCAUGAUUUGUGCCGGUCAUCCCAGUGGACAGGUUAGCUCUUGCCAGGGUGACAGUGGCGGCCCCUUGACUGUGGAUAAUAAGUUGUUUGGUGUCGUUUCAUGGGGCUUUGGUUGUGGAGCUCAAGGUAAACCGGCCAUGUAUACCUACGUGGGCGCCCUACGUUCGUGGAUUAAACAGAAUUCAGGAGUUUGA